GGAGGAGAAGGAGUAGGAGGAGGUGGAGGUGGCACGGAGGGGAUGAAGGCAGCAGUGCUCCUGAUGGGGCCAAGGGGUUUCAGGGUGCUGGGGGCGAUGGGGCUGGUGCUGAGCUGCGGGACAGCAGGGUGCGGCACAGGGCUUUGGGGCACAGCCCCAGUGCUGUGCCCUCCCCAUGCCCCCAACGCAGGCGCCUUCGUGGUGCACAUGGCCAGCUCCUGCCCACUGCUGGCCAAUGGCUCCCUGGGCGGCUUCGACCUCACCGUGGCCUUCAACAAGAACCCUCUGCUGUGCUACGACCCCGACGUCCACCGCUUCUACCCCUGCGAUUGGGGGCUGCUGCACACCAUUGCCACUUUGCUCGCCGCCAUCCUAAAUGAUGAUACCACAUGGGUGCAGCGUGCAGAGGCACGCAGGCAGGCGUGCACUGAGCUGGCUGCACAGUUCUGGACACACACAGCACUGCGCAGGACACCACCCCAGGUCCGCAUCGUCCCCAUCCCCAUCUCCAACGACCCCGACACCGUCCACCUCAUCUGCCAUGUUUGGGGCUUCUACCCACCCGCAGUGACCAUCCAGUGGCUGCACAACGGCCUCGUGGUGGCCUCAGGUGACACCAAACUGCUGCCCAACGGGGACUGGACCUACAGGACACAGGUGGCCCUGAGGGCCAGCACUGCAGCAGGGAGCACCUACACAUGCUCAGUGUGGCACUCCAGCCUGGAGCAGCCGCUGCAGGAGGACUGGAGUCCCAAUUUGUCCCCGGCGAUGAUGGUGAAGGUGGCAGUGGCGGCCAUGGCGCUGACGUUGGGGUUGGUGGCACUCAGCGCCGGGGUUUUCAGCUUCUGUCAGCGGCCACGGGGUGAGGGAUGGGGAUGUGGUGCUGGGGACAUGUGUGACACCGAGGGUCUGGUGUCCAGUGUGGGGUGUACCUCCUCAUUCAUCAUCUUCUGUGUGGCAGCUCCUGGCGCUGGUCCCAGUCCCCGUCCUGAUGCGGGUUCUCACUCCAAUCCUGGUCCCCAAAAUGAUCCCGGUCCGAGUUCUGGUCCCCAUCCCAGUCCUGGACCCCAUCCCAGUCCUGGUCCCCAUUCUGGUCUUGGUCCUGGUCCUGGUUCUGCUCCUGGUCCCUAUCCCUGACUCUAGUCCCGGUCCCCAUCCCGAUGCCAGUCCCAGUCCUGGUCCCCAUCCUGGUCCUGCUCCUCGGUUUGGGGACCUCAAUGACUGGAACUCCCAUGUCCCAACAUGGGGACCCACAGUUUGGGGUGAGGGGCUCUCACCCCCCAAUAAAACCAUCUGCAGCC